AUGCGGGGUCCCCUCCUGACGGCCGCCGGCCGGGGGCUGUGGACCAUGGGGGACGGCCCCCUGGCCCGCGCCAUCCGCGCCAAGCUGGAUGCGGCCCUGCAGCCCACCCACCUCCAAGUCCUGGACGAAAGCUCCCGCCACGGCGGCCCCCCCGGUGCCGAAACCCAUUUCGCGGUGGUGGUGGUCAGCGGGCGCUUCGCCGGGUUGCCCCCGCUGCAACGGCAUCGCCUGGUCCACGCCGCCCUUCGCGCCGAGCUAGCCGGACCCUUGCACGCCCUCGCCAUCGUCGCCAGGACCCCCCAGCAAUGGGAAAGCGACCCCCGCGUUCCCCCCCGACCCCCUUGUUUGGGGGGGUCCAAGCGGGAGCGCCGCGGGGACGGGGAUUCGCCCAGGAAGCAAUGACGGCGGCGCCGGGUCCCCGUCAUGUGUCAUGUCCCCCCCCCCAACUCCGGUGACACCGCGGCGGGGAUGGAACCCACAUUUGGGGGGGCAAAAAUAUCGGGGUGACCCCCCCCUACCCCACAUCUCCCCCCUCCAGCCACCCCAUGGGUCCCACCCUGACCCCAUCCUCUCCCCUUCUGCCCACUCCCACCUUGGGGG